AUGGAAAACCCUUUUCUCACCUACGUAACUCGAUCCGAAAGAGCCAACCUAUUUCGAAAAAUCAUUGAUGCCGAGUCUCCCUUAACUCCUGAAGCUACCGAUAAGGUUCUUGCAACAAUUAAAUCAGAUGGGUUUCUACUGGAAGGGCUCACGGACAAAGAACAGAGGCAAAUGCUUGCGCUUGCUCGCCAUAUCUCCGCCACACCUUGGCCGUUUCCACCGGUGUCAGCCGUUGUCCCAGAUUCCACUCUUCCCGGUCCAGCGUCUCUUGCCUCAUCUCAGACAGUGGUACUCCCUGCCCACUCUUCACCUUUAAACACAUCUAGAAAAAUUGAUUUUGAUGUAUCUUUGCCUGAUCAAUUUGUGUCUCCCUUAUCUCAUGAUGUUUUUGAUGUUCAAACACUGCCUGUACCUGGUGAUCCUUAUGAUCCUUUGACUCAUAAGUUACCUAGGGAAAAUGUUGAUUUAGUUGCUUUAUCUGACUUAGUAAAUUCCUUGCCAUCUGCGUUUUCCAUUCGAAAUGUUGCCCAACAUGUGUCUGUUCCAACCGUGUCUUGUUCGGCCUUUUCUAUCCCCAUUACUAUUGCUGCGUCUAAAAGUCACUCUGAUCCUAUACCCAUUCCUGUUUCAUCUACUCAAGAAUCGGUUCCCAUUAUCUCUGUUCCUAUUGCUAAAUCUUCCCGAAAGGGAAAGGAGAAAAUCCCUGUUUCAGGUACUGCAGAAAAGAGAGGAUUGUCACAGUUGGAUGAUGUUGAAACUCAAACUGACCGUAAACUUCAACGGAGGAGUUCCACAUUGCCACCCAGAACCACUCGGUCAAGAGCCCAAGUUGAUACACAUGUUGUUCCUACGCCAUCUGGCUCCAAAUCGGAAGCAUCAAGCAAGGUCAACCGCAUCUUCUGUCUCCCGAUUUAUUUGCUGUUUGGAAAACUCAUGUCAAUCGUGAUUUCAUCGUCGAAAAAUCCAUCAAUGAAGAGGAUUUGGCUGCCAACAGAAUUUUACACAAAUUUGACCUUGGACACAUUCACUGAAGGCUCAGCACGAUUUCAUCAAGUUUUUAUUCGUGGAACUUGGUAUCCUUUCGGGCCUACUGAGAUUAAUGCAUAUUUGGGCACACCAAAUCAUCCUGCUUCUCCGGAUCCUAAUCCUCACUUGUUGGCAACUGCACUCACUCAUAAUAAAGUGGUUUCAUGGCCGAGUGAUGGAAUUUCAAGCUUGAAGCUCACAACUGUCUACUCCGUGCUUCUUCGCCUUGCAUCGGCGAAUUGGGUCCCGGCAGUCCGUCGCCAUCAAGUACCAGAACAUCUAGCUGGCCUUCUAUACAAAAUCAGGAACUGUCUUCCGUUCAACCUCGGCAUGGUUAUUUUCUCUCACUUAAUGUCUUUUUUGCAGAAGAAAGAAGCCAAAGUCCAUCUCCCUUUUCCGUGUUUGAUUUAUGGGGUGCUUCAAGACCAUGGUUUUAAUCCCUAUAAGGAAGAAGUGAUUACAACUCCUGACAAUGCUUACAUUUUUUAUGAUCGACUUACACAACGGGGUCAUUAUGAUGAUCGAGCUUCACUUGAUCAGCUUCCUGCUAUUCCACCUCCAGCGCCAUUGGUUUCUGCGCCAGCCUCAUCUACUGACACUGCGUCAGCUUCUCGUCCAGGCUCAAGACUGGUUCCCAAAGAGCCCCCAACAUUGGUUGAUCGAAGGCAGAUUGUGCUCACUCUUGAGGCCUCUAUUGCACAAGUUCAACAAUCAGUCACCUCUCAACAAGCAACAAUCUCUAGCCUUGCAAAGCUUCGUGAUGCACAGCUCGAAGAAAUCGCUCGCAUGGAAGCUAUUCACGCUCGGGUUUUAGCUGACACUGGAGCUGCUUCCUCGGAUUCUGACUCUGAUGAUGAAGAGGAUGAUUCAGACUCGGGCACCCCGUCUGCACGGUAA